GGAGAGGGGGAGAGAGAGAGAGAGAGCGAGCACAAGUGGAGCCGAUCCUUCAGAGGCUGGCGGUGCUGGCGUUGGUUCCGUCGCGACUGGAUUAGUUGACGAAGUUGGAGGCAGACUGAAGGAACGUCUCCAGCUGUGGCACGAUCAUAUUGUCGCUGUUUGCUAGCGGACGUUAAAUCGCACAACCAUGAACAGCGUAGCGGACUGGUUGGUGGACAACAAGGACAAAAUCGAGAAAGGGCUCGACAUCAUGGGGCAGGCGUCCGAGGUUCUGGCCGCCACCGUGGGCCAGCUGCACCCCAUCCUGGAGGCGGUCUUCGUGGCCUCGGCCGAGAUCCUCAGCAACCCGGAAAGCCAGGAGGCCGUCUACCUGAGCCAGAAGAUCGAGCAGGUCGACCAGAAGCUGGUGGGGAUCCAGAGCGAGAUUGACCAGAUUGCCCUGGAGCUGCAGAGGACGUCGAUGAACAAGCAGAACUUUGACCGCGAGGCCCACAUGCUGGGCCAGUACGAAAAGUUCCAGGAAUUCAUCAACGCUAAGCCGGGCAUGAAGGCGAAGAAGAAGGAAAAGUUCAUCAAGUACUACGAGAACACCGAGGCCGACUUGAACUUGGACGCCCUCUACAACGCCGUUGUGGGAGAGAGCGCGGCGGGGGACCCGAUGCUGGACACGGUGGUCACCACGGAGCAGAGGAGCCGCAGGGCGGUGGAGGACUUCUGCGCUCGGCUCAAGAAGCUCUUCGUGGUCGGCCUCAUCGCCGUCAUGGGCUACGCCGCCCUGGAAGAACGCAGGGUGGACACGGGUUUGAUGACCAAGUGGCAGGACAGGAUGGAGGCGGUGGAGAAGCGCAUGAAAGCCGCCGUGGACCACUGCACGGAGACCUUCGUGGACCAGGCCAAGCUGGACCUGGAGGACGUGCUCAAGGAGGACGCGUGCGCCGUCAGCGAGGACUUCACGCGUUCCCUCCUGGCCACCCUGGUCAAGAAGUACGACUGGGUCAAGUGGUCAGUGCGGGCCUUCAACAGCCGCGAGCGCAUCUUCUUCUACAACUGGCUGGCGGGACGCAAGUUCCACGGCAGCGGCGGGGCCAACUGGUUCGAGCUCGUGACCGGCAACAAGGUCAGGGUGGUCGUGUCGUUCUGCGUGGACCCGCAGCCCAUCGACAAGACCCGCAUCUACGAGCAGAUCGAGCAGCAGAGGCUGAAGGGCAACAUGAUGGCCGUGGCCCUGACGCUCAACCGCUGCUUCCCCGACUGUCUGGUGCACGCCGUCAGCCACUACAAGGAGGUGGUGGAGUCCAACAACUUCAGCGUGGACUCCUACUACUACGGCAAGCACAAGAGGGCCUUCCUGUGCAUUCACCCGCAGUAGAAGCAGCCACGCCGGGCGUUCCACGUAAUGGACUCGAUCCGCUUUUCAUCUUGUCAUAAGGUCCUUAUUUCAUCUCAGGCUACGUAGAGCAAUGAAUAGGAAUCAAAUAUGGAACACGCACUUUUCUUUAUUUGCUUGUAUUCAAGUCGUUUACGUCACGGGCGUCAAACUCAAGCACGUCGUCUGCUUUGUGGUUCUUGCUAAAUGGAAUUUUUCCUUUCAUUUGGAGAGGAAAUCUGGACCAACACGCCCGUUUUUACACACGGGCAUGAGCCGCUAUUUGGUUCUGAGGGUCCAAAAAUAUUGCGGCGCUGAAAUGUUUGGAAAAAUAAAAAUUCCACACUGUACGACGUGGCCCGCGAUCCGUACGAGCUUCAUCGCCAGGGUAAAUUCCUCGAAAAACUCAAGCGUUUGCCGCUGCAUGCGCCACGUGCAGGAAUCCGCCACCGCUAACAGCGUAGCGACGUUUGUGAAAAACAGCCGAGUCACGCCAAUUGCGUGAUUGCUUAACGGCGUUCCCCGUAAUGUUUCCUUUCGUGGUCCGAUAUUUUCGAGUCAUGCGCCAGAACGAAAAAGUCCUUUUUGCAAAAAGACCGGCACGCUUGGACUGUGCGAGAAGCGGCUUGCGAGGCUUCCUGUUGAUAGAAACAAAACCCACGUUGCAUCCACGAUACCAAAGAGAACGCUUUGGGGUCAUCGGCGCGACCCCGAUUGAUAUUCAAGAUCGAUCUGACGUGCUUGAAUUACUGUGACGAUUAUUUUUUUUUGUCGGUGUUGAAAAAUUGCCCCCCUGUUUUCUUAUGUUUUCCUUCUUUCGUCGAGAUGGACGAAAUAUGUUUUUUUUUUUUAAAGCAAUGUAAUGUACAGAGCCACUACCUGUGUAGAAAAAAAAAAAGUAAAUAAAAACACAUUCCAUUAAAACCA